GCUCUGUGAAAAUGGAACAUGCAGCACAAAGGAGAUGCAACUUCUGGUAUGGCCAAGGCUGGCUUCAUCCACCAUCCGCAUGCAGAGGAACCCGAGGUGGCCAAGUGCUUCUUCUGCUUGAUAGAAUUAGAGGGCUGGGAGUCCAAUCACGAUCCCUGGUUGGAGCACUCCAAGCGUAGUCAAGACUCGUGUGGGUUCUUGUCCCUUUCGAAGAAUUUUGAUGACCUGACAGUAGAAGAAUACUAUGAACUAGAGAUGGAAAGGGUCAGAAAUUUUCUUUGUAAAACCGGCCGAAGUAUAAUAAACACCUUUGAAAAAGAAGCAGCUCUAACAAGGAAACGUCUUGUGGAUCAUUUCAUGAAUAAAUACCAGUAUGCUUCAGAAGCGGAGACUUCUGUCGUUUGCAACAAAAGAAAAUUGUGUGCCAGCCAACAAAUAGAAGAGAAUGGAUUGCAGCUGACAGUCUCUUGUGAUGACAAGCAUGGUCAGAGGUAAAAGUACAUAAUUAAUGAAAUGUGAACAAAGGCCUGGCCUGUAAUACUGGUUAAUACGACACGAAUGGAAUCUUCGGAUAGCCAUUUAUAUUCCUGAUGCUUUUAUUGUGUGCAAGGCUUGUUCUGCAUAAAACCAGAAAGAAGACAGAAGGAAAUAAUUCUGACUUAUGGAAGUAAUCCACUAAGCUGAGAUAAUGUGUUUGGA